AUGGGAGACUGGAAUUUGUUGGGCAGCAUUCUAGAGGAAGUCCACUUCCAUUCAACCUUGGUGGGGAAGAUCUGGCUGACCAUGCUAUUCAUAUUCCGUAUGCUGGUGCUUGGAGUGGCAGCAGAGGAUGUCUGGGAUGAUGAACAGUCAGCAUUUAUCUGUAACACUCAACAGCCUGGAUGUAGCAACAUCUGCUAUGAUGAUGCUUUCCCCAUUUCUUUGAUCAGGUACUGGGUUUUACAGAUCAUCUUUGUGUCUUCUCCCUCUCUUGUAUACAUGGGCCAUGCACUUUAUAGACUCAGGGCCUUUGAAAAGGAGAGGCAGAGGAAGAAAGUACAACUUCGUUCCCUGCUGGAGGAACCUGAGCAUGACCAAGAAGAGCAUCAAAGAAUAGAGAAGGAACUGAGGAGAUUAGAGGAACAGCGGAAGGUACACAAGGCACCCCUCAAAGGAUGCUUGCUACGCACUUAUAUAUUGCAUAUCUUGACCAGAUCUGUAUUGGAAGUAGGGUUUAUGACAGGGCAGUAUAUUCUCUAUGGGUUCCAAAUGCACCCCCUUUACAAAUGCAGUCGAUUUCCUUGCCCCAAUUUAGUGGACUGCUUUGUGUCCAGGCCCACAGAGAAGACCAUUUUCAUGUUGUUCAUGCACAGCAUAGCAGCUAUCUCCUUGUUCCUAAACAUUUUGGAAAUAUCUCACCUGGGAAUCAGGAAAAUCAUGAAGGCAUUACACGGUGGGUCUAACAGUGAGACUGAAAGGGAACUGCAUCACUCAAAGAAAAAUUCAGUGACCCAGGCCUGUGUAACUCGCUCUUUAUUGCAUGAGAACAUUCCUUUGUCCCAGCCUAUUCACCACUUCUGGCCAGAGAAACAAGUAAUCGGAAUUGGUAAUACGGAGUAUAAAGCAGUGUGGCAACACAACCAUCACAACCAGACUGAAGGAGCACCUCCACCUGGCAAGAAGAACUGGUCCAAGAGGGAUCAGCAUCAUAGAAUGUUCCAAGUUAGCUCUGAAUGUCCCCAGGAUCUUGAUUAUGGUGUCCAGCACUUUCAACAAUGCAAACAUCAGCACCACGGACAGCACCCACGUUCUUCCUUCAGCAAAGGGGACAUUCUUUCUAAAUCGCAUCAGGGCAACCUUGCAAAUUGCUCUUCUUGCACACUAAGUCCGGGAGAGCAGCCCUACAGUCUUUGGAGCCCAAGCAGGUCCUCAAUAGACCUGACUGCUCACUGUAAGACAAGCAAUAACAUCAAGCGAGAGUGUUUUGACUCAGCAGAGAAAGGGUCUCACCCAGGCAGCCGUAAAGCCAGUUUCCUAUCUAGGCUUUUGUUUGAGAAGGGCCAGUUAUCCAAAACUUCAGAAAGCUCUGAUUCCCAGCAUAGCUCUAUCUUGGACUUCCAGCACUGGGGUGAAGAAGACCAUGCCUCCAGCUCUCCACCUCCAGGCACUGGGCGCAGAAUGUCAAUGGCAAGUAAAGACCAACAGGCCCCUGCUCUUGUGAGGUAUAGCCUAAUCGUGUAG